AUGAGUUUCGAUAAUAUCCAAGCCUCUCGCAUUCUUCUGCGUAUACUCAGCGCCUGCGGCUUGUGGCCCGAGGACACCAUCUCCAGGCGGUGGUUCUCUGAAUAUUCACACUGCUAUCGCUAUGUUUUGCAUUUUCUGCUGACUUUCGUAUACACUUCUUUGAUGUGGGUCGAGGUGCUGCUGAGCACGGACUUCGCCCACACCAUUGACGUCUUGUUCAUCACUCUGACGGAGACGGCACUCUGUGUAAAGAUCUACAACAAUUGGCGAUAUGCCCACAAAGUUCAGGAACUGCUCACGGAGUGGAGCAGCAGCCAACAGUUUGAAUUGAGGUCGAGUGAUGAGUGCAAGAUGUGGCAACGGGAGCAGCGCAAAUUCGGACUUAUUAUCAAGGGAUAUAUUGGCUGUAGUGAGGGCGUGGUGCCGUGCCUCUUUUUAUCGGUGCUCGUCAAUUUUCCCAAUGAGUUGCCCGUAUGGAUAUGGACGCCGUUUGAUUGGCACCAACCACGAAUGUUCUGGCUAGUCUAUGCCUACACGCUUCUGAGUCUGUCGUUCACCUGCAUUUCGAAUAUUUCCCUGGAUAUGCUAAACUGUUAUAUGAUGCUGCAUUUGUCGCUAUGCCUUCGGUUGUUGGGUCUACGUUUGGAAAAACUUCAGCCCGCCGAUGAGCUCCAUUUGAGGGAGCAGUUUGUCGAGAAUGUGUCGCUGCAUAGGCGCAUUAAGAGCCAAGCCCAACUGGUAGAAAAUUAUAUCUCGAAUACUACCACUAUUCAAAUACUGCUGAGCUCUAUUAUUCUCUGUCUAAGCAUCUAUCGCAUGCAGCUUCUCAACAUUCUAGAAUAUCCUGGAAUUGUUGCUGCCAUGCUUCAAUAUUGUGUUUCAAUGACUCUGCAAAUUUAUGUGCCCAGUUUUUAUGGCAAUGAGAUCACCUACUAUUCGAACCAGCUAACCAAAGCUGCGUACUUUUCUCAAUGGCCACCUAUGUCCUCAAAAAUGCGACAUUUGAUUUGCGUUUUUAUGACCUAUUUGAAUCGUCCUUUGAAACUGCGAGCUGGCGGUUUCUUUGACAUCGGCUUGCCGCUCUUUACCAAGACAAUGAAUCAGGCGUACAGCCUGCUGGCCUUGCUGCUCAAUUUGAAUAACAACUAA